UUAAUUUAUUAUUCUUAAGCACAACUGGUUUAUUCCUAAUUACUUUCACAUUCCUCUUCUCUCUAGAUCUCUCUCUAAAUCUUUCUAUAAAUACUCUUUCUCCUUUUAGUAUUCUCUUCAUCACCCCCAUUUCCUCUGCUUUCUUCUCUGCCUUUUCUCCUUCAACUUCAUUAUGGACUACAAUGUCAAUUUUGAAGAGGAGUAUAUAUUGAAUAAUAGAGGUUUGAAGCAAUUCACAUGUAGAUGGUUGCCUAAAAAUCAGGAUCCAAAAGCUCUUGUUUUCUUGUGCCAUGGUUAUGCCAUGGAGAGUAGUAUUUCCAUGCAAGGGACGGCGAUGCGCCUCGUAAAAGCUGGUUAUGGUGUUUAUGGGAUUGAUUAUAUUGGACAUGGAAAAUCAGCUGGCCUUCAUGGUUAUAUCCCAUCUUUUAAAGAACUUGUUCAAGAUUGCUCUGAUUAUUUUGCCAAAGUUUGUGAAAAACAGGAGAAUGAAAGGAAACAGAGGUUUUUGAUGGGCGAAUCAAUGGGAGGAGCAGUUGCCCUGCGUUUGCACAGAAAAAUGCCACACUUUUGGGAUGGCGCCAUUUUAGUCGCACCCAUGUGUAAGAUUAGUGAAGAUAUGAAACCAAGUCCACUUGUUAUCAGCUGUUUAAGACAACUUGCCUUCAUUUUACCAACUUGGAGGAUUGUUCCUAGUCAGGAUGUCAUUGACGCUGCAGUUAGAGAUCCAGAGAAGAAAAAGAAGGUAAGGGCUAAUCCAUAUUGGUAUACCGGAAGGCCACGCUUGAAAACUGCCCAAGAGCUUUUCAUUGCUUCCAUCGAUCUUGAGAGCAGAUUACAUGAGGUGACACUGCCUUUCCUAGUGCUUCAUGGCGGAGAUGAUAAAGUAACGGACCCAGAAAUAAGCAAGCUGUUACACGAGUCAGCCACGAGUUUGGACAAAACUUUUAAAUUGUAUCCAGGAAUGUGGCAUGCUUUAACCUAUGGUGAAACCCCAGAAAACACCAACACCGUAUUUAACGACAUUAUUGAAUGGUUGGGUGAGAGAUCCAAGGGAACAAACUCCAGGUUGGAGAACGCAAGCAAGUACAUGGAAGACAAAGAACCUAGCAUUGCCAUUGCCAUUGCCAUUGCUUCUAUAAAUACCAACUGAACCAACUUCAAUACUUGAGGAUGUGGUCUCUUAGUCAAUUCUUAUAAUGUCCAAGACAACCUCAUUUACAGCUCUACAUCACACUUUGAGAUAUCUGGGUCAUACAGAAGGCAAGGUAUCUCAAUAAAGCUUUAGACAAAAUAUGUUUGCAAGGUUUCUCAAAUUCAGAUUCGGCAGAGAUUCUAGAAGAUCGGUAACAAGCUACGUCUUAUUACUUGGUGGUUCUAGCAACAUCAUAUAAGUCGAGGCAGAAUAUAGGGUUGCAUGUGGCAGCAGCAGCUUCAGAAGUCACCUGGAUUGUGAGUUUACUAGAGGAUAUGGGUGUUAGUAAUCUCAAGCCUAUGACAUUUCACUAUGAUAAUCAAUAUGCCUUACACAUAGCCAGAAAUCUAGUCUUCCAUGAAAGGACAAAGUACAUAGAAAUAGAUUACCAUUUCACUCGAGAUGAAGCCUACACAACAUCAGGUAGCAGAUGUGUUCACUAAACCUCUAUAAGAAUCAAAUCUACGGUGUUAAGAUAUGUUACUAAUGUAAUCUUCCUAAUCAAAGAGUGCAGUACAGAUUACCCUAUCAACCAUAAGAUAUUAACACAUUUGCAGAGUCUGAUAACACGACACAAUGUAUGCCUUCAAAUAUUCAAACUAAACUAGU